AUGCCCGUGCCAAUUCCUCACAAACACCACGAUGAAAUCAAUGAGACUGGCUACACAGUCAUACGCAACUUUCUCACAGAGAACGAGAUCAAAACAUACGUUGCAGCUACAGAAGCGGUUGUGGAGUAUGCCCGCGAAGGAAAAUGGCCACAUGUAAGAACGCGUGGUAAACAGUUCCCACCAUGGCCCAAGAACUUCAGUCCCGACAUUUGGGGAAUCUCGGGUUUACUCCACCCAGACUUGCCUCAAAACUUGUCGACACCAUUCCAUGACUUGUAUGCAAACGAUAAGAUGUUAGCUGUGGUCUCGGAUAUCUUACAAAUCGAUAAGCUGCAGAUAUCUAUGGAGUUGUUGAACAUGUUAAUCAAUCCACUUACGGAUUUCGAAUUGGAUUGGCAUAGGGACACAAUCAAGCCUGAAGUCACGCCUGAACAAGAGCAACAAGAACUACUCAAUGUUGAACCUUUUGCUGGAGCACAAUUUAACCUCGCACUUACUGAAGACUCUUGCUUAAUUGUUAUUCCCGGUUCACACAAGAGAUUGAGAACCGAGGAAGAAAGAGAGAAAACGGUUGACCCUAGUAGAAGAAAAGAACACAUUUCUGGGGAACUCGUUGUUGAUCUACACCCUGGUGAUAUAGUGUUCUACAACAACAAUAUCCUCCAUAGAGCCAAGUAUGACUCAACGCAAAAAAGAUUAACUGUUCAUGGGUCAUAUGGAAAUGUUGUACACGGCAAGAGUAGAGCAAAGGGUGUUUUGCAACACGGAGUUGCCGAAUGGUUACCUAGACUUGAACCAAAGAAUGAGCAAUUGGAGAUGCUUAAGCAAAAAUUGGUCGAUUUGGCUAAGGAGUUUGACGGUGUAGAAUUGGGGUACGCCCAAGAAGGGUAA